AUGGAAGAUCAAAUGGAAGUCGAUCCAUCCAGUCCACACGGUACUAAGCGCCCGGCAGAGGAGCCAGAGGUCUCGGAACCGCCCAAGCCUAAGAGAAUUAAGGCCCUCGAUCCCAAUGUCGUCAAUAAGAUUGCCGCCGGAGAGAUUAUCGUGGCUCCUAUGCACGCUUUAAAGGAGCUGAUAGAGAACUCCGUCGAUGCAGGCUCAACGUCGAUCGAGGUUCUCGUAAAGGAAGGAGGAUUAAAGUUGCUGCAAAUCACGGAUAACGGACAUGGCAUUGAUCGUGAAGAUCUACCCAUCCUUUGCGAGCGAUUCACGACGUCCAAACUGAAGGAGUUCGAGGAUCUGUCCUCCAUUGGCACAUACGGAUUCAGAGGUGAAGCAUUGGCGAGUAUCAGUCACAUUGCUCACCUUACCGUCACAACAAAGACUGCUGGCUCCAGCUGUGCUUGGAGAGCCCACUAUGGCGAGGGCAAACUUGUACCUGCAAAACCAGGACAACCUGCAGCACCCAAGGCGACAGCUGGGCGUGGAGGAACCCAGAUUACUGUUGAAGACCUGUUCUAUAAUGUCCCGACACGUCGUCGUGCCUUUCGUUCUGCUAGCGAAGAGUAUGCCAAAAUCCUUGACGUAGUGGGCCGAUACGCCGUACAUUGCUCAGGGGUGGCCUUUUCUUGUCGGAAGCACGGUGAUUCAGGGGUCAGUAUUUCCACACCAUCAGCAGCCAACACCAUAGACCGAAUCCGGCAAAUCCAUGGCAGUGCGGUAGCAAACGAAUUGGUCAACUUUGAGGUUUCAGAUUCAAAACUCGGUUUUCGUGCUUCAGGGCUCACGACAAAUGCAAACUAUCAUGUCAAGAAGACUGCGGUUCUCUUAUUUAUUAACCACCGGGCUGUGGAAUCGACCGCCAUCAAAAGAGCAAUCGAACAAACCUAUUCCGCAUUCUUACCCAAGGGCGGACAUCCUUUUGUCUACCUGGAUCUGGAGAUUGAACCCAACCGAGUCGACGUCAAUGUGCACCCGACGAAAAGAGAGGUCAACUUCUUGAAUGAAGAUGAGAUAAUCGAGAUGGUUUGCGAUGAAAUCAGAUCAAAAUUGGCACAAGUAGACUCGAGCCGGACAUUUCUGACGCAGAGCCUCCUCCCUGUACCAACUAUCGACGCACUUCAACGUGAGCAAGGUGGUGUUUUUGACGAUACCACGGGCAAUGGAAAGGCUGCAAGCACACCUAAGACACCGGCAACAUCCAAGAGACCGUAUGAGAACAACCUCGUGCGAACAGACUCCAAAGUCAGGAAGAUCACCUCAAUGCUCGCCCCUUCCCCAUCUCAAGCGGCCGCCGACACACCAGCCCAGCUAGGAGCCCAACCCAGUUCCAUUCGCGACGAAGGCCUCCAAUACGAGACGAUUGAUCGUCAGCCCCUGCGCAUUGCCCUCACGUCAGUCAAAAGCCUACGCAGUGCUGUGCGCUCCUCAAUGCACAACACACUAACUGAAAUGUUUGCUUCACUGACAUAUGUCGGGGUAGUGGACGAGCAACGCCGGCUAGCAGCCAUCCAAUCGGGGGUGAAGCUUUACCUAGUUGACUACGGGCUCGCAUGCAACGAAUUCUUCUACCAAAUCGGACUGACCGACUUUGGUAAUUUCGGAACCAUACGCCUCGACCCACCACCCAAACUCAUUGAUCUACUCAAGAUCGGCGCUGAAAUAGAACAGCAAAACCAUAGUGACGGGGAUGACGAGGAGGCGCAAGCAGUAUUCGAGCAAGCAGCGGGUACCGUCUGCCAAACACUCAUCGAGCGCCGUGAGAUGCUCGACGAAUACUUUUCUAUGAAAAUCAGCGAAGAAGGCGAGCUUCUCACUAUCCCGCUGCUGUUGAAAGGCUACGUCCCAUCUCUCGCCAAGUUACCCCGAUUCCUGCUUCGGCUUGGGCCGUAUGUGGAUUGGACGAGCGAGGAGGCAUGUUUUCGGACCUUCCUGCGCGAGUUGGCGGCGUUUUAUACUCCUGAACAAUUGCCAGUCGCACGCGCUCGGGCUCCAGAUGAGAGCAAUCGAGAAGCCCCUGACGCUGAGGCAGAAGAUCCAUUCAUAACAUCACGGCGGGCCCAGAUGAUUCGGAUGUUAGAGCAUGCUAUUUUCCCUGCCAUUAGGGCCCGGCUUGUAGCUACGUCUCGGAUGUUGAAGGGUGUGGUUGAAGUGGCGGAUUUGAAGGGUCUCUAUAGGGUUUUUGAGAGAUGCUGA